UUCAUCUGAUGCUUGCUCAAGAAAAUCUUCAAGCUUGUCUUCAAUGGAGGUGGUUAGUAUCAACUCAGCUUCUGUAAAAGCCUAUUUAGCAAUAAUGGUAACAAUGGAAGUCGUCCCUCCCACUCAAUGAAGGCGUAGUUAAUGGGAUAUCAAUAAUUUCGGGCUUCAUAUCUCUGGCACGCAGUCGACCAAGUCAAGUGGAGCAAUAGAUUAGCAUCCGAUGAUGACGAUGGCUGUGAAAAGGAGUCCAUAAACUAUCCAUCGGCCACUCAAUUGCCCGAAGAAGGAAGUUUCGAAUAGGCAUUUGAAUUGAAUCUCGAGUUUAAUUUGUGGGGCAGCCUAAACCUAAUCCCGCUGAAUGAUAAUUACAUCCACCGGCCUGCAUUCAAGUUCAUUUCGAAGUGAAAAGGUCAAUUACGAUCAGGAUUUAAUGAUGAACCAUUACUUGCUGUUCGACUGUAGUGGGAUGGUUGAUUGGCUUUUAAGACAAGCCAAAUCAUUUCCAUUUACAACAUCAACCAAGAAGAAGAAGGAAUUAUAUCAUCGUCUUCUUAUGCUCCUCGUCCUUUUUUUGGCCAAACAUUGUCUGUGAAGGCCGGAAAUCGUGGCGAUGUCGGCUGUGCUAACGCUGCUACUUGUGGCUUUCUUCUACGCCGGAAUUGAUACCACCAUUUCCCUUACUCAUUUCGGCGAUUCUGCGGCACUGGUGUCCCUGAAAAACGAAUGGCAAAACACACCACCAAGCUGGGGAACAUCAAAUGAUCCGUGUGGAACUCCCUGGGAAGGAGUGCUUUGCAACAAUUCAAGAGUCACUGCACUGAGAUUAUCAGCUAUGGGCCUAAAAGGUAAACUUGGUGGUGACAUUGGAGGCCUGUCUGAACUAAAAUCAUUGGACCUUUCGUUCAAUACAGAUCUCACUGGUUCGAUCUCUCCGGCAAUAGGGAAACUACAGAAUUUGAAUAUCUUGAUCCUAGCUGGGUGUGGCUUCAGUGGCAAUAUUCCUGAAGAACUGGGCAAUCUUUCUAAGCUAUCCUUCUUGGCGUUAAAUUCUAACAAGUUCACCGGUACCAUACCGCCAUCUCUGGGAAAACUCUCCGAACUCUAUUGGCUGGACCUAGCAAGUAAUCAAUUGACAGGCAGUAUUCCCGUCUCAACUUCUGAAUCUCCCGGUUUGGACCUCCUUCUGAAAGCUAAACAUUUUCAUUUCAACAAAAACCAGUUAUCGGGUUCCAUUUCGCCUAAACUUUUUAGAUCUGAAAUGGUGUUAAUACACAUAUUAUUUGAUGGAAAUAGUCUUUCUGGGAGUAUCCCUCCAACAUUGGGACUUGUUAAGACCCUUGAGGUUCUUCGACUCGAUCGGAAUUCUCUAACAGGAUCAGUCCCAUCAAAUCUGAAAAACCUAACAAAUGUCGCUGAAUUGAAUUUAGCCAACAAUAAGUUGACUGGUCCAAUGCCAAACUUAACUGAUAUGUACUCACUAAAUUAUGUGGACCUUAGUAAUAACUCAUUUGAUUCAUCAGCAGCUCCGGAAUGGUUCUCAAAUCUACAAUCGCUCACCACUCUGGUUGUUGAACAUGGUUCAAUACAGGGAUCUGUGCCACAAGCAGUCUUUAGCUUACCACAAAUACAGCAAAUAAAACUGAAGAACAAUUCAUUCAAUGGGACAUUAAGUAUGGGUGACACAAUUAACCCACAGUUGCAGCUUGUUGAUUUGCAAAGUAACGGUAUUUCCGAAUUUACCUUUGGUUCAGAAUAUACCAAAACUUUGAUGCUGAUAGGGAAUCCUGUGUGUACCACUGAUAACACCCUCUCAAAUACGAAAUAUUGCCAGCUUCGAGAUCAUCCGACACAACCCUAUUCCACCAGCCUUUUGUACUGUGGAAGCAAGUUGUGUCCUCCUGAUGAGAAGUUAAACCCUCAGAGUUGUGAAUGUGCCUUACCAUUUCAAGGGACUUUAUACUUUAGAGCACCCUCGUUCAGGGAAUUGUCGAACGUGACGUUGUUUCACUUAUUGGAAUUGAGUCUUUGGACCAAACUGGAGCUUACGACUGGUUCGGUUUUUAUUCAAAACCCUUUCUUUAAUAUUGACGAUUAUCUUCAGAUGGAGCUUGCUCUUUUUCCGCCCAACGGAAAGUAUUUUAAUAGGUCGGAUAUUCAGAGGAUUGGGUUUGCCUUGAGUAAUCAAACUUACAAACCUCCCAAAUUAUUUGGGCCAUUUUAUUUCAUUGCAUCCCCCUAUGGUUUUCCAGACAUGGCUAGGCGAACUUCAGUCAGCUCUGUAGUGAUAAUUGGGGUAGCUAUUGGUUGUGCCAUUCUCGUUCUAGGACUCAUUGGAGUUGGAAUAUACGCGAUUCGCCAAAAGAAACGUGCAGAAAAGGCCAUCAUAUUGAGUCGGCCAUUCGCUUCUUGGGCACCAAGUGGAGACGAUAGUGGAGGUGCUCCACAGUUGAAGGGAGCUAGAUGGUUUUCUUAUGAUGAACUUAAAAAAUGCACAAAUAGUUUCUCCAUGAGCAAUGAGAUAGGAUCUGGAGGAUAUGGCAAGGUAUAUAGAGGAGUGCUUGUGGAUGGACAAGUAGUUGCAAUCAAACGAGCUCAACAAGGAUCAAGGCAGGGUGGCAUCGAGUUCAAGACAGAAAUCGAACUGCUUUCACGAGUUCAUCACAAAAACCUUCUUGGCCUCAUCGGAUUUUGUUUUGAACAAGAAGAGCAGAUGCUUGUUUAUGAAUUCAUGCCUAAUGGAACAUUAAGAGAUAGCCUAUCUGGAAAAUCUGGUAUUAUUCUUGAUUGGAAGAGAAGACUUCGUAUUGCACUUGGGUCGGCCAGAGGAUUGACUUACUUACACGAACUUGCUAAUCCUCCCAUAAUCCAUAGAGACAUUAAAUCGACGAACAUUCUUUUGGAUGAACAUUUAAAUGCAAAAGUUGCAGAUUUUGGCUUGUCCAAGCUUGUCUUAGACAGUCAAAAGGGGCACGUUUCUACUCAAGUUAAAGGAACACUGGGCUAUUUAGAUCCUGAAUAUUACAUGACUCAACAAUUGUCCGAGAAAAGUGAUGUAUAUAGCUUCGGAGUCGUUAUGUUGGAAUUGUUAACCGCUAAGCUGCCUAUUCAAAAAGGAAAGUACGUAGUUCGUGAGGUGCGUAUGUUGAUGAACAAAAAUGAAGAAGAGUAUUACGGUCUGAAGCAGAUCCUGGAUGCCGCCAUACUAAACAAUAGCACGGCUAUUACUGGGCUUGGAAAGUUCUUGGAGUUGGCUAUGCAAUGCGUUGAAGAGUCAGCUGCAGAGCGCCCCACAAUGAGUGAAGUGGCUAAGGCAAUUGAGAGUAUUUUGCAGAGUGAUGGAAUAGAUACAAACGCGACAACUCCAUCCACAUCUGCUACUGAGUUUGGGGCUUCCAAAACUGCUCCUACGCAUCCCUAUAAUGAUCCUAUAACAAAGGACACUGAUGACAGUAAGGCUUUUGAUUACAGUGGAGGACACACUCUUCCAACAAAUGUGGAGCCCAAAUAGAAAUGGUUUUCACCAUUUCUUGUGGAGUUGUAAGUAUUUUAUGCAUUUUAGGAUUUGUGUUGCACAUGAACAUAUUUCUGAUGUUGGUUAUGCUUUCCUUGAACGACGUCAUUUUCGUAAUGUCGAGUUGUCGAUUGGCCCGUGACGUUUGGAAGUUAAUUUAUUUGUAAUCCGUGAUUUAUUAUACUAAAGCACAGUUCAUGAAUGGCCUUUUCUU